AAAGGAAGUCGUACACCAACUGAGUACACAGAUAGCUAAUUUCCAUUUAUUUUAAACCAAACAAAUGGAAAUUUGCCUUGAAAACAGGACUUGGAAGCAUUUCUUCAAUGUUUUCACAAAAAACUCAACAACUAGGGGGUAACAAGGGGAAAUUUGAAAAAUACCAUCUGGGGGAUACCAAGGGGAGAAAUAAUACAUAAGAAAUAUAAUUAUUGAAACUAAAAUUUAAUUAAACUUCUUCACCUCUUCGCCGCUAAAAAUCUUAUCAAAAUAAAGCUUCUAAAAGUCAUAAUGUUGCAACUGAAGCAAAUAAGUUCAAAUAAAUCAUUUGGUGGAAGUCAGAAAGUGUUUUCACACUUUUCUAAGGUGCUGUCAUGCGACAUGAAUUUCGCUAUAUUUUUGCCAUCUGAAGAUGUUAACCAGAAAUAUCCAGUUCUUUAUUAUCUUUCUGGAUUAACAUGCAACGAAUUGAAUUGUGUGCAGAAAUGUGGCUUUCAAAAGUAUGCAGCUGAAAACGGAAUAAUUGUUGUUUGUCCCGAUACAUCACCUCGUAAUAUUGAAGGUCUUGAUACUUCUGCAUUUUCAUGGGAUUUUGGUUAUGGCGCUGGUUUUUAUGUUGAUGCCACUAUAGAUUUGUAUAAAAAGAACUUCCGAAUGUACAGCUAUGUCACAACAGAAUUGAUUGAAAUGAUCAAUUCAAAUUUUCCUGCAAUCCCAGGUAAACAAUCAGUUACUGGACAUUCAAUGGGUGGUCAUGGAGCUUUGAUUUGUGCUUUGAAAAAUCCUGGUUUAUAUCAAAGUGUUUCUGCCUUUGCACCAAUUUCAAAUCCAGUUAAUUGUCCUUGGGGACAUAAAGCAUUUAAAGGUUUUCUCGGACCUGACGAAAGUACUUGGAAAGCUUAUGACGCAACAGAGCUUGUUUCUAAAUAUAAGGGACCUCCAUUAGAACUUUUCAUCGAUCAAGGAAGUGAAGAUCAGUUCUUGAAAGAGAAUCAACUGUUGCCAAACAAUUUGGUUGAAGCAGCGAAAAAAGUUCAAAUGCCAUUAAUUUACAAGCUUCGUGAUGGUUACGAUCACAGCUAUUUUUUCAUGUCCACAUUCAUAAGUGAACACUUUGCGUAUCAUGCAAAAUUCUUGAAAUAAUUUGUCACGUUUAUUAACCAAUUGGAAAUCUUGAAAAUAAAAUCGUUUUUCAACAAAUUAACAAGCAACAAAUUUUCU